AUGGCACUGGGGGCAAAGGCACGCCGGUGGCUGGCAGGGCGCCGGCUGUCCCUGAGCUGUGCACGCACACUGGGCACCAGAGCCGCUCAGGCCCCCAAGGCGGUGCUGCCCUUCGAAGCCAUCCCCCAGUGCCCCGGCAACAAGUGGCUGAGGCUGCUGCAGAUCUGGAAGGAGCAGGGCUCCGAGAACCUCCACCUGGAGAUGCACCGGACCUUCCAGGAGCUGGGGCCCAUCUUCAGGUAUGACGUGGGAGGGACACACAUGGUGUACGUGAUGCUGCCCGAGGAUGUGGAGAGCCUGCAGCGGGCCGAGAGCCCUCAGCCCUGGCGGCCGCUCCUGGAUCCCUGGCUGGCCUACCGACAGCAUCGUGGGCACAAAUGUGGCGUGUUCUUGCUAAACGGGCCCGAAUGGCGCGCGAACCGGCUGAAGCUCAACCCGGACGUGCUGUCGCCGCAGGCGGUGCAGAAGUACAUCCCCAUGGUGGACAGGGUGGCGAGGGAUUUCUCAAAGGCCCUGAAGUCAAGAGUGCUGCAGAAUGCCCGGGGCAGUCUGACGCUGGACAUCCAGCCGAGCAUCCUCAACUACACCGUAGAAGCCAGCAAUUUAGCCCUUUUUGGAGAGCGGCUGGGCCUCCUCGGCCCUAGCCCGAGUCCUGCCAGCCUGCAGUUCAUCCGGGCCCUGGAGGCCAUGUUGAAGUCCACCGCGCAGCUCAUGUUCAUGCCCAGGGACCUGUCACGCUGGACGAGCGCCAGGGUGUGGAAGGAGCACUUCGAGUCCUGGGACUACAUCUUCCAGUACGCCAACAAUGCCAUCCAGAAAAUCUACCAGGAGUUGGCCCUCGGCGGCCCACAGCACUACAGCGGCAUCGUGGGGGAGCUGCUGAUGCACGCGGACAUGACCCUGGAGGCAGUCAGGGCCAACUCCAUCGAACUCACCGCCGGGAGCGUGGACACGACGGCCUACCCCUUGCUGAUGACUCUCUUCGAGCUGGCGCGGAACCCUGACGUGCAGCAGGCCCUACGCCAGGAGAGCCUGGUGGCCGAGGCCGGGAUCACUGAGAAUCCCCAGAGGGCAACCACAGAGCUGCCCCUGCUGCGGGCGGCCCUCAAGGAGACCUUGAGGCUGUACCCCGUGGGCAUCUCACUGGACCGGCAGGUGGGCUCGGACGUGGUGCUGCAGAACUACCACAUCCCGGCAGGGACCGUGGUCAAGGUGCUGCUCUACUCCCUGGGUCGAAACCCCUCUGUGUUCCCGAGGCCGGAGCGCUAUCAUCCCAGGCGCUGGCUGGACAGCAGGAGCUCUGGCACCAGGUCCCCCAGCCUGGCCUUCGGCUUCGGCCUGCGCCAGUGCCUGGGGCGGCGCCUGGCAGAGACAGAGAUGCUGCUGCUGCUGCACCACGUGCUGAACCACUUCCUGGUGGAGACCCUCACGCAGGAGGAUAUAAAGAUGACGUACCAGUUCAUCCUGAUCCCCUCCACCCUCCCGCUCCUCACCUUCCGGGCCAUCAACUAGUCACGUCACCAUGCUGUGGGGACAGCCGCGCCACCAGCCCCUCCCUGCCUGACCCCAGGCCACCCUGUUAUCGCCCAAGAGCCCUGCUCCCUGCCCCGCGACACUGUGCGGCCAGGCCAGCACCUUGCUCGAAGGGUCGGGGAUGACUCUCGGUUGCACGUCCUGGCUGCGUGCUCAGUCCCGCCAGCGCCCUGUCCACCAAGGAGCACCAUCGGAGGGCCUUAGAGCCCAGUCGCCCCACACUAGCUCCAGGGUCUUCAGACCCGCCCUGCGCCCGCCUCCCUGUCUAGUCUCUCGGGGAACCCUCAGCCUCUGUACUCAACUCUGUCCCCAUGAAGAGCUGACAGCUGGGGCUCCCUCCGUCUUGCCCGUUGCCACUUCAAACUCCUUGUCUGCACUGCUCUCGUCCGGCCCAGAGCUUCGAGCUGGGCUCUCAGUCCCCCUACCUGUUGCGCUCAGGCUGCUUGGGUCCUCCCGGCACUGCCAGGCUCUGGUUGUGGCUGAAGCACCCAGCCGGGGAACCAGAUGCGCGGGUCGGGAGUCGUGUGUCCUGGAAGGAUGGCCUCCAAGGAGCUGCCGGGGACAUCUGGGCCAAUGAUCCUCCUCUGACAGCUGGGUGGAGGUGGACUCCUCUGGCUGGCCGCAGGGUGACCGACCUCAGAGGAGUCUCUAGAAGAAGGCUUGGGGCCAUAACAGCCAGGCACAGGCACAUGCUCCCUUUAAUGAAGCCCUCCGUGUGCGGUGCCGGCUGCCCUCUUGCAGUGACCCUCAGGA